AUGUCCCUCGCGCGCUCCUUUGCAGCCGCAGCCGAAUCCAUUGCGCCAGUCUACGGCAAUGUUCCCGCCCUCCUCGCCCCACUCCAUCCUUACGCCCCAGUGGGCGCACUCGACAUCUUCGGUGCAGCCCGCCUGAGUAUGGGCAUCAACUGGGUUGCGAGUGAUACCAAGGGACGUUCACGCGCUACGUUCCUCCAGGAGGCACUGGGGAUGCUUGUUAUCGUGUUUGGCGGUGAGACCUUCCUCGCGCUGUGUACUGGCACACCGCCGGGGUGGCUCGUUAACCCCACGUUCAUCUUCCUGUUUGCUGGCGUCCACUUCGCCCUCACGCGCACACCCCUCCGCGUCCUCGUCCCAGCCAAGCCCAACCUCCUCAUGGAGCUGGUAUUUGCGCCCCUUGACGCUAUCGGCCGUACCCUCCUCCUCACGCGCUUCUCCAUCAUCCCGCUCCUUCAUCCACCUGCAGGCACCACCGUCCUCCCGGCAACGCCCAGUACCCUCGUCCUCGUCCCUUUCAUCCUCGCAGUUCCCUUCGCGGCGCUUGUGUUCAGCGGUACGAACUGGUUCGCGCCGCAGAUGGAGCUCUCGACGCCCAACGAGCUCAAGCCCGGCGGCUGGAUGGCCGUCGACGCGUGGAUCGCCAUCGUCGUCCCCGUGCUCUUUCUCUCCCUCAUUGGCCCCGUGGAGGGAUGGCCCUUUGGCCUCGGCAUGCAGCUGAGCGAGGACGCGGCGAUUGUUGUGUGCGCCGUCGUUGCUAUUGUGAGCUUUGUGGGGCGCACAGUGUACAACCUCGGCGGAGUUGAGCCGGUGAAGAAGAGCAGCAAGAAGAAGGCGAAGAAGGCGUAA